AUGAUGCAGUUGGACGCGUUGCGCUCGAAACAUAUGAGACUUAUGCAGGUAAAGUCAUUUGGGAUGAAAUGCGCGGACGACUACCAGUCAUACCCGGAUGUGCUGAUGUACAGGCUAGAAUCAAAAAAACUGCAGCUUCAGAUCGGUCUUCAUUGCAGAGUGUUGAUAGUGGAGUUAGCUCGAUUCAGACAAUCCCAUCAACUCGAUGCUCUUCACCCUCAAUCAGCCAUCGAUCGUCAGUCAGCUGCGAUUCUGGCUGUAGUAGUGUCUACAGUAAUGAAGCAAGGUAACUCUUAGUU